AUGAUUCCCUCAGCCGAGAUCAAUCUCGACGACUAUGCCGUCUCUCCAGCCCAUGGAUUCCUUCCUACAGGUCUUCCCCUACAAAAUCUGCCCAAUGAAUACUACGCUCCCUGGGAGAACCUCGCUAUCCGGUUGCCAGAUCUGAUCCAGACCGGCCAGAUCAGACGUCUAGUCGAUGCUUUGCCCGUUCUCACCACGACAUGGUUGCAAACUGAGCCGGAGUGGCGUCGUGCGUACUCAAUUCUGGGAUUCCUCACUCACGCCUACAUCUGGGGAGGGGAGAAGCCCAAAGAUGUCCUCCCUCCCUGCAUUGCAAAGCCCCUCCUCGAGAUCGCCAAACACCUCGAGCUUCCUCCUUGCGCAACCUACGCAGCCCUAACGUUAUGGAAUUAUACCACCGUCCCAGAACUCGAUCUCACAGAGCCAGAUCAUCUCUCCGUCCUGACCUCCUUCACAGGCACCAAGGAUGAAGAAUGGUUCAUGGUCAUCUCUGUCGCCAUCGAAGCAAAGGGUGCCCGGCUCGUCCCAUUAAUGCUCGAUGCCAUCGCCGCUGCCAGGGCCAACGAUGCGUCCCGUCUAACAGCUCUGCUCUGCCGAUUUACAGAUGGUCUGCAAGAUCUGACUGGCACUCUAAGGCGGAUGUAUGAGAAGAAUGACCCACAUGUGUUUUUCCAUCAGUUGCGGCCCUUCUUGGCUGGAAGUAAGAACAUGGCUGCCGCUGGCCUGCCGCAUGGUGUGUUCUAUGAUCUUGGUGACGGCCAGGGAGACUGGCACCAGUACAGUGGUGGGAGUAAUGCACAGAGCUCACUCAUUCAAACCUUCGAUAUUUUCCUUGGAGUGAGCCAUUCCGCGACGGGAGGCACGAGUAUGAAGUCCUCGGGAACGAGCUAUAUCCAGGACAUGAGAAACUACAUGCCCGCCCCGCACAAACGCUUCCUAGAGACUCUCUCCGCUCUCUCCAACAUCCGGUCCUACGUAACCUCUACACAGGCCGAGUCCCCUCUCAAGGAAGCAUACAACGCCGCCGUCCUGACGCUGAGUUCCUUCCGCGAUGCUCAUAUUCAGAUCGUCUCGCGAUAUAUCAUCAUGCCCGCCCGCAACAAUGUGCCUGUCGAUCAGCGUACUACCGAAAAAGUCAAUCUGGCUACAGCCAGCGCUCAGAUUAAGGGUUUGAACGAGACUAAUCCUACGGGGUUGUAUGGGACUGGUGGGACGAGCUUGAUUCCGUUCUUGAAGCAGACUCGUGAUGCGACGAAGUCUGCUACCUGCUAA